AGUCUUCAGUGUUGAGCAGUAGAGGUUAUUCUUCUUCCUUGGUGUUUUAAAUGCAUCGCUUUUCCCACAAAUUCAAGCCGAAAUCACAACUCCAAGACAGACAGACAGCCCGCGGACCAGAUGAAGCGUAACCAUCAUGGAUAGUUAAGAAAAAUAGGCUAGCAAAAGGUUAGCAACACCCCAGAGCGUCCCUCCUCUCUUCCCACUCAGGCAGUCCAGCAAGUUUCCAGCACCAUGGCUGAAGAAGACUAUGGCAGCUUCGUGGACUGGAACCAGAUGGGUGAUCUGGCCAAGAGCAGCGGGCCCACCAAGGUAGACUGUAAAGACCUGAAAGAGUUCAAACAGAUGGCACGGCAGGGUUACUGGGCCAAAAACCACAAGCUACGGGCGCAAGUCUACCAGCAGCUCAUCAAAGCCAUUCCCUGUCGCACGGUUACCCCAGAUGCAGAAGUGUAUCGUGACAUUGUGGGGAAUGCGGCCACUAAGAAGCCCUCCUCCCACUUCCCACUUCCAGAGUUUGUGGAUGGAAGUCCUGUGCCGCGGUACAGCCUGAAGACGGAGGCAGUAGCCUCAGCCCACCAGAUUAUCAACUGCGUGGCUGGACAGUUCCCAGAUAUCUCCCACUGCCCGUCACUACCGGCUGUUGCGUCACUGCUCCUGCACUUCAGCACAGACGAGGCUCAGUGUUUCGAGCAUGUCAGCCGCAUACUGGCCUGCAACGAGCCCGGCAGACGCCUGCUGGACCAGACGUUCCUGGCCUACGAGUCUAGCUGCAUGACUUUCGGCGACCUGGCCAACAAGUACUGCACAGCCGCCCACAAACUGAUCGUGGCCACAGCCCAGGAUGUCCUCGAAGUCUACUCAGACUGGCAGCGCUGGGUGUGGGGCGACCUGCCUUUCAGCCACGUGGUCAGGGUCCUGGACGUCUACCUAGUGGAGGGCUACAAAGUCCUCUUCCGCGUGGCCAUAGCAUUGCUCAAGUUCUAUCGCAAGCAUAAAGCAGGCGCUCAGGGAGGCCAGGGCAACCAGCAGCAGGAUUCAAGCAAAGUCAAGGCGGACAUUCAGGCUUUCGUCAAGGGCAUCGCCUCCACCGUCACGCCCGACAAGUUGCUAGAGAAGGCCUUCUCCAUCCGCAUGUUUAGCCGGAAGGAGAUCACCCUGCUGCAGCUCACAAAUGAAAAGUCCCUGCAGCAGAAAGGAAUCACUGUCAAACAGAAGCGUUCCAACAGUACUAGGCGGAACGUGCAGCUGGCACUCAACCCCGACACCUUCUCCUCAGAGAUCGUCAGCGCCAAGGAGAUGCGGGACAUCUGGUCGUGGAUCCCCGAGCGCUUUGCCCUGUGCCAACCACAACUCCUCUUCACAACCUCCACCCAUGGCUGCAGCCUGAACAGAUUCUACUCACAUUGUGAAGGCUACGAACCCACGCUGCUCCUCAUCCGGACCAUAGAUGGCGAUGUGUGUGGAGCCUUCCUGUCCACAGAUUGGGAGGAGCGGAAGAGAGGAGGCAACAAAUUGAGCUUCUUUGGCACAGGGGAGUGCUUCGUCUUCAGGAUGAAGCCAGAGAUGGAGCGCUACGAGUGGGUGGUGAUCAACCACCCUGAGUUGGCCUCCUCCAUCAAGACUCAGGGCCAGGAAGACACAGCCUCCUCUGAGGGGCAAAACUCCGACAACAAUGUCUUACAGCAGCCAGAGAAACCCGUCGGAGAGCUGUCGCCCUUCCUCUCCGCCCGCCACUUCAACCUCACCUCCAAGAAUACUUCCAUGUUCAUGGCCGGCAACUUUGACUCCAUCAUAGUGGGUGGAGGCGACGGCAACGCUCUCUACAUCGACUCCGAGCUCAACCACGGGCGCGCUGGCAGGUGCGCCACCUUCGACAACCCGCCCCUGUGUGCUGAGAGCUUCCAGGUUUCACUGCUAGAAACGUGGGGCUUCCAGGAUGCCAUGGCUUCAUAAAGCUGUAGACACAAACACACACACUACACGUACAUACAUGUAGAUCCAUACAUGCAUAUUCAUGCUCAUGCUCAUGCAUUUUAACACUUCAUCAUGUUAAAGCAGAAAAUCUUAUUUAAAGAUUAAAAACAGAUAUGAAAAUGUCCAGCAAAGUGUUAGAGGUGGAAAACACAGGUAUGCAAACAGAACUACGUCCGUCCUUCAAAUUCAUAUAUGAUUAACUCUUUUUUAUUUAUUAAUGUAGUUAAUCCAAAUUUUCAACGUGUGAACAAAAAUGUUUGUGUUUAUUUUUGUAAUUUACAGAUUUGUAUCAUGGUGUGCUAAUUAUUUUAAAGUGUCUGGUGUAUGAAAGAAGUCAGGAUCAGCUCUUGAUGAAGCCAGUUUAUUUACAUUUUUUUUUAAUAUAUUGGAUGCGGUUUGUUCAUGUUCAUGCCGAGCUGAAACAUUUGAAUUUCUGAAUGUAAAUUCAGUCUUUUGUGUUCUGUGGUUCAGCUCAAUCUGCCAAAUUUACUGUCUAGCUAUCGCUGCAGUCCUUAAAAAAUAUGAUUAACUAGGCGAUAAUGUUUAAAAAUGUGUGAAGUUUAUUUGGUGAGAUGUUUUAAAAAAAUGUUGGAAAACUGAGAUGGACGUAGUGACGUUACAGGUCAACUAAGUUUUCGGUCAAGUCCUGAUGACGCAUUUACCCCCACUUCGAUUUGCUGUACUUACAGUACGUGGGAGAUCUGCUGAUGAAUUAAUGUGGUAAAUGUUUGUGAAUACCAGUGGUGAAUUUGAGUGUUGCCAUUUUGCACCGUAUGUCAAAGCUUUUCUUUUGAACGAGUGGCGGUUCCUCCUUUGUAAAGUAUAUUAAUGUGAAUAACAGAAGAAACUUUUUAAGAAAAAAAAAAGAGAUGUAUGUGGUUUACAAGUAAUGGAGAUAAAUUCAGUUUUCUCUUCUUCUUCCUACCCUUUUCCUGCUACAUCCGUCCUUUCCAGUGUGAAGAUGGUUACAAAAGAAGUCCAAAAUUGUGCCCUGUUGGCGAAGUAUUGUUGGGGGGUUAUACACCCUGUUUGUAUCUGUAUGUUCAAACAUGUGCUCCAGUGAAAUAUCAUUUGAGUAACUACAGAUGUAUCCUACAUGUGAAAAUACAGCAAUAUGCUUUCAAUAGA